CUCCGCACGAUGGCUCCCGCCGACGCAGUGUCCAUCCACGCCAACACAGCUCCACUGCGACUGCCAGUUGCAUUUCCGACGCGGCCGACCGCUUUCGGCAGCUACGGGCGCUAUCAAGAGCCUCUGAGCCAAUGGCAGAUUGCGGCGGACAUGUACAUCGACAGCGACAUCCGCAAGCGGGCACGACGCCGUCUGGUGGGCCGUGCAUGCGAAGCCCGGACUCCGCUCCCGCCAGUGGAACGGGUGGAGCGCCGCCCGGCCGAGCCCUGCCCCCGGAGACAAGAAGUGGACCUGGAGCUGGGCAUCCCUCGCCGACGCCUCGUGCUCCAGGGGCCCCUCUACUCCAGCUCCUACGCCCACUGGUACUCGAGGGUCUUCAGCCCGCCCAGCCCUUCCACCGGAGAGCCCUGACGCCGUCGCCAACUCCCUGUGUUUGAACCGCGCACAUUGCUCACCAGGAGGAUACGGACCUCACUCCUCAAGGUUACAUGUCUCGCCAAGACCUGAAGAAGAAUUUGUGUAGCCAGCGGGGAAAGAAAGCACGCCAUUGUCCAAAAAAACGGUUUUGAGGUUGUCUGAUGACACAUGCGUUAGAAGAUCUGGGUGAACAAAGUUAUGUCCUGUUGACUCCUGUAAUUGCAGUCACCAAGAUGGAGUUCCCCCAAAGUCGUGUCUGUAUCCACUGUGAAUUAUCUUUCGCCCCGUGAAAUAAAACGGCAUCUUCUAUCAGAUCUUGACCACCCCAAAAAGACGAAGAAAAAGAAAACAUAUUGCUCUCAAUUCAAUUUUUCAGCAGGUGACAGCGGUAAUUUCGAAAAUCGACACGUUCAAGAGCCAAGGACUAUGGAAAUUAACUUAAGGGCCAGUAUCAAGUGCGAGCCUCUUGGAAACAAACUUUGCCGACAUUAA